AUGAUCGAUGCCUUUUUCAACUUCGCCGAUGAUAUACCGCCUCCUCCACCGUCUAUGAAUGCUUCCAACACCAUAAUCCAAACUGACAACGUCUAUGAAGCCCCAAGAAAGGUUCCUGAAGAGGUCCCUUUGGUCGACAACGAGGAGUCUGACGGCAGUGUGCAUUCGCAUAUUUUCUCGACGUCGAAGGUACCACCAAUAACUCCUCCUACUCUAAUCCGAAGGAGGAAAGCUCAGGCUAAAAAGACCUCUUCGAAGGCGACUACUUCGAUUAUGAACCCAACAGUCCCAGAUGACCUUGAGGAGGUCUUUGCCCCUCAUGAUCCAGAUAGAACUCCUCCUAUUUCUCCGCCUCACGUGGCCCCUCAGCCUGUUGCUGUGGACGAGGCUGUUGACGAUACUGUUGAGAAGAUUGUUGCUGAUUGUGUUGCUGCUGAUGAUAUUGCUGAUGUUGCUGAUGUUGAUAAUUAUCCCAGAAAACAGAAUAUGAUCGAUGCCUUUUUCAACUUCGCCGAUGAUAUACCGCCUCCUCCACCGUCUAUGAAUGCUUCCAACACCAUAAUCCAAACUGACAACGUCUAUGAAGCCCCAAGAAAGGUUCCUGAAGAGGUCCCUUUGGUCGACAACGAGGAGUCUGACGGCAGUGUGCAUUCGCAUAUUUUCUCGACGUCGAAGGUACCACCAAUAACUCCUCCUACUCUAAUCCGAAGGAGGAAAGCUCAGGCUAAAAAGACCUCUUCGAAGGCGACUACUUCGAUUAUGAACCCAACAGUCCCAGAUGACCUUGAGGAGGUCUUUGCCCCUCAUGAUCCAGAUAGAACUCCUCCUAUUUCUCCGCCUCACGUGGCCCCUCAGGAACAUAUGGCUGAUUCGACUCCGACCGAACCUGUGGCAGAAGAGAGGGGCGACAAUCAAACUGUUGAGGUUGUCUUGAGCCCACAAAAGCAAAUUGAGUUUCAAAGUGUCUCGCCUGAGAUCCAACAAAAUCCCAUUUCUCAACCACCCCAAGACCUCCAAAUGUUGUUGACGAAGGGAGUUCUACCGACAUUUUGA